AUGCCAUCAGAUCCCAGUGAUUUGACGGCGUUAAAGCCGCCGACCACAGCAACGUCACAAGUUGACAGCGAAUCUCCGCUGCAUGAAACCAAAGUAGUCAGUCAUCGAGAUACCGACAGAGAUUCUGAUGCACAUGAGAAAUACAUCGAUGGGGUGUUAUUGCAUGUGAUUGUGCUUUGCCUAGCUGUGGCCAUGUUCCUGGUUUCCCUUGACACGACUAUUAUCUCAACCGCUAUUCCUCAGAUCACAGACGAAUUUAACUCCACUGCUGAUGUUGGCUGGUAUGGAGCUGCAUUUCUUCUGGGAAGCGCUGUAACUCAAGCACCAUGGGGAAAACUAUACGGACUUUUCGAUAUUAAAUGGACCUACCUCCUCAGCCUACUCAUGUUUGAGUUGGGGUCUUUGCUUUGUGCUAUUUCCCACAACUCCCCAACAUUCAUAAUUGGCAGAGCAAUUGCAGGAAUAGGUGGAUCAGGCAUUGGGUCGGGGAUAUAUACGGUCAUUGGGGUCUGCGUCCCACCCAAAAAACGCCCUAUACUGGUUGGCGUAACGGGUCUGGCAUUCUUGCUCGCCAGCUUUGCCGGCCCCGUUAUCGGGGGAGAAUUUACAAGCAACUUAACUUGGAGAUGGUGCUUCUGGAUCAAUGUACCUGUUGGCGGAGCUACUUUCGCUGUCCUCCUCCUCUUAUUUCGGCCACCCUUUCGACGCGCGAAUGUAGGAGUAUCACGGAAAGAGAUCAUCCUCCAGCUCGAUAUACCGGGGGUCAUUACAUUAAGAGGUGCAUUACUCUGUUUUCUACUCAGCCUUGAGUGGGGAGUGAGCAAGUCCUGGCAUGAUAGAGAUGUGAUUGGAUGUCUGGUCGGUUUUCCAAUCCUCACAGGGCUGUUCAUCACGAAUGAAUUCUUCUGGGAUGACCGGGCGAUGAUUCCACGUCGAUUGCUUCUCAAGAAAGAAGUUGUUGUCAAUCUCAUUGUCAUUUUUCUCCUGGCGGGCGCGUUUUUCAUGCUCCUAUAUUACAUGCCCAUCUACUUCCAGACAGUCAAAGGUAACUCAGCCCAGGACUCAGGGAUACGCACCCUGCCAUUGAUCGUGUCAGCUGGCGUUAUGGCAGUAUUUGGAGCGAUAGGGUUUGGUAUCAGCGGCUACCCGACACCGUUCUUGCUGUUUGGUGCGAUGCUGAUCAGUGUAGGAGCCGGACUGCUAUACACGUUGGAUCUUGUCACGCUGUCGAGUCACUGGAUCCCGUACCAGAUUUUAGCAGGGCUUGGGAUAGGAGCCGCACUUCAGGUACCAAUCAUCAUGAACCAGGCUACUGUCGAUGAAUCGGACAUGUCAACCAUGACAUCUAUAACCUUGUUCUUCAAAUGUCUGGGGGCUUCGGUAUUUAUGCAGACAGGGCAGACCAUAUUCCUCGAGAAGGUGAAGCGGAAUCUGGACAUGAUGACUGUUGCCGAUGUGAACCCCAACCAAAUACUCACCGGAGGCCUUGUGCGUGUACAAGCCAUCGAUUCGGCCUCAAGUAUAGCACUCCGCACUGCGUACCUUGGAGGUCUGAAAGAUGUAUUCUUGUUGGUAGCAGCACUCUCGGGCCUUGCCGCUCUGCUUGCGUCACUUAUGGGUCGAUAUAAGAUGGAUACUGCACGACUGCGGCUAUGA